AGGCCCGGGGCAGCACCUCCAUCCCGGCCCGUUGCUACGCGACCGCGACGCCUUGCGGCCGUGGCUGCCCUGCGAAGCGGCGGCCCCGAGCUUCGCUCCUACCUGAGGCGGCACGGACUCGUCCAGAUCUACGAGGUAAAGGCCUCUGCGCGGCCUGACGCAGGUGGACGUGGGCCGCGUCUCAGGUGCCGUGUUGGGACCAGAGUAAAGAAGCUUCCAUAUCUGUGUAUUGAUUCAUCUUUACACCCAAAAUUAAGGAGGAUUUCAGAAACUCACCUGGACACACUUUUUGGAGUAGAUACACAACUGGUAAAAAUCAUCAAAUAUAUUAUAGGAUGGAUAAAAUACAAUUUGCUGAAAAAGAACAAAAGAAAAAAGGCAGAGCAGAAGAUGGCUCUGGCAGUAGUUCGUUAUGACAUCCAAAUAUUAAAAACAGUACACGAGUGGAGCAUGUGGUCUGAUUCAAAUGAUCUUACCAUCAAACAUAAAACUUUCACAGAAAAAGCCCUAUUACAGAUUUUCCAUCUACUUUCCUGUUAUGUAAAUAUUGUUGAUCUAGCAAGAUGUGCUCAAGUUAGUCAAGCCUGGAUGCUAGUAACUCCGAACAGUUCGUUAUGGAGUGAAUAAAUCAAUUUUUCAUCAGUAAAGCGUAAGGUUCAGAACAGAAUAGUAGUGAAUAUAUUGCAGAAGAGGCGUCCUUAUGUACUGUACUUGAACCUUCAAGGUUCUCUCAAGUAUUCUCUUCACUGGCCAAGCUUUAUAACCAUCAGUGAAUGUAGGAACUUGCAAGAUUUAAAUCUCUCUGAAUGUCAGGGGUUGAAUGAUGAAUCAAUGGGACUCAUAUCUGAAGGCUGCAGUCUCUACUUAAAUUUGCCAUAUACACAUAUUACUAAUGGAACACUACAACUUUUGUCAAGGAGCUUUCCCAAUUUGCAGUACUUCAGUUUAGCUCACUGCAGAAAAUACACAGACAAAGGUUUACAGUACCUGGGCACUGGCACAGGAUGUCACAGGCUCAUCUUGGACCUUUCAGGUUGCGUUCAGAUUUCUGUUGAUGGCUUCAGAAAUAUUGGCAAUGGCUGCAGUGGGAUUCAAGAUUUGCCAAUCAGUGAAAUGCCACCUCUUACAGACAGAUGUACAAAGGCUCUGGUUGAAAAAUGUCAACAAAUAACAUCUGCAGUGUUUCUUGACUCUCCACAUCUUUCUGAUACAACUUUUAAAGCCCUUACUGAAUGUAAACUUGUUAAAGUCAGGAUUAAAGGAAAUAACCAAAUUACUGACCUGAGUUUCAAGAUGAUGAGUAAAUACUGCCAAUACAAGAUGCACAUUCAUUUUGCUGGAUGCCAGAAGAUAACAGACGCUGGUCUUAAAAUGAUUUCAAAACUGAAAUAUACUCUUGUCUUAAAUGUGGCAGACUGCGUAAGAAUCAGCAAUGGAGGUGUAUGGCCAUUUGUAUGAGGUUCUUCAGGAGCUGAGCUGAGUGAGCUGAAUUUGGCUAACUGUAUCCAUGCCACUGAUGCUUCUGUCAAAGAAAUAGCACAAAGAUGUCAUCUGACCUACCUUAAUCUACAUCACUGUAAAAAUGUGACUGAUGCUGGAAUUGAAGCUUUGGGAAAUAUGUUGUCAGUGAUAUCUAUUGAUCUCUCUGGAACCUGCAUCUCAGAUAUGGGUUUGAGAGCCCUUGGCCACCAUGGAAAAAUCAAGCAGCUUUCUCUAUUGGAAUGUAAAAACAUUAAUGACACUGGGAUUCAGGUGUUCUGCAAAGGCACUAAGCAGCUGGAAUACAGUCAUGUGUCCUGCUGCCAUCAGGUGACAGAUGAAGCUGUGAAAGCUUUGGCAUUUCAUUGCCACAAACUGACAUCUGUCAGCAUAGCUGAUUGUCCAAAGAUCACUGAUACCUGUAUCCAGUACUUGGCCACAGCUUGCAAUUAUCUCCACUUCUUAGACAUCUCAGGUUGCAUUAAUCUUAUUGACAAAGCACUGAAAUGUCUUUGGAAAGGGUGUAAGCAUCUCCAGAUUCUCAAGAUGCUCUACUGUAGAAAUAUUACCAAACAAGCUGCCUUGAAAUAUACUGCCAAACUGGAGCAACAAGACCAAAGGAAUGCUGACCCUCCUUCCUGGCUCGGCUAUGACAGGGAUGGUAACAUACCUUCACCAAAAAGCACAAGUGAGAACCUGGUUGAAUGAAUUCUUCAAAAGUAG